CAAAUUUGUUCAUUUCUCUGGAUCUGCGUUUGUGAGCAAUAUAUACAUAAAUUAUUUAUUUCUUGUAAUUUGGCGUGUUUCUACAUUUAGUGACGGCCCAACAGCACGUAUUGUACAGUUAUACAGGGGAGGGUGUGUAGCCCAGUCUGUGCCCCGUUGAACAGCACGCUGUCUUUUUAUUUCUGAGCUAUGGGAGCUCUUGAUGGUGCUCCAGCAGGACAAGUGUGCAUCAAGUGGAUCUGGAGUUGACAACGGCGUUACUGCAAGGCAGAAGCGGAGCAACCUGCAGUAAGAGGACAGCGUAUGGCUAGACUUGAACACAAGGAACAGGAUGAUUUCCUGUCAUGAUUAUGGAUUUAAUUCGUUAUCGUCAUUUUGAAUUACUUGCCUGCACACUACUCAUCUCAUCACUGUUUGUGACGGAGGGUGCUGCUCUGGACAAGCUGCCUCAAACUGUGGACCAGUGCUCCCAAAACCCAUGCCAGAACCAGGCUAUAUGUCAAACCCGUGGUGAUAGCUACUCUUGCUUCUGUGUGCCGGGCUUUCAGGGUUCUCACUGUCAGAUUGAUGUGAAUGAGUGUGCUUCACAGCCCUGCAGGAAUGGAGGAACCUGUGAGGACAGAGUGGGUAGAUUCUCAUGUCUGUGUUCUCCUGGUUUCACUGGUGCUACUUGUGAGAUCCAGAUUGACGAAUGUCAAUCACAACCAUGUCUCAGCGGAGGCAGUUGCCAUGACUACAUUGGUAGCUUCACUUGCACCUGCCUCGCCGGUUUCCAGGGACAACGGUGUGAAAUCAACAUUGACGACUGCCAAGACCACCCUUGCCAAAAUGGGGCCCUGUGUAUAGAUAGAGUGAAUGAUUACAGCUGUGACUGCUCUCACACAGCCUUCACCGGCCGACACUGUGAGACACCUCUGCCACCGUGCUACUCUGAUCCCUGCUUUAACAGCGCCAUCUGCGAGGACAAUGAGGGGAACUACACCUGUGAAUGCUGGCCUGGGUUUGAGGGGCGUCACUGUGAGAUAGAGAUCAACGGGUGCAGCAGCAGCCCUUGCGGAAAUGGUGGCAGCUGCAUUAACAGGUCUUUGCAGACCUUGAAUGGCAGAGAGUCUGAACUCCAUGACCACAACUUUUCUGUAGGUUACAUCUGCAGAUGCCCUCCAGGAACAACAGGCUCCCUCUGCCAGGAGGUGAUAAACCAGUGUGAGCCCAAUCCGUGCCAGAAUGGGGGCAAAUGUGAGAAUCAUGUUGGAGGCUACACUUGCCACUGCCUCAAGCCGAGUCAUGAUGGCAUGCUCUAUGGGGGUGUUAACUGUGAUGUGAAGUUAGUGGGCUGUGAAGGCCAUGAAUGCCAGAACCAAGGCUCCUGCUCUCCUUUCCUGUUGGAUGGGACUCAUGGAUACAUCUGUUCCUGCUCACCUGGGUACACUGGACCUCUCUGUAAGACCCCAACUACCUUUUCCUUUGAACGCAAAGGCUACUUGCUGCUGCACAGUCCCCUCGUGGAUACUGAAGUGAUUUGCAACAUCACCCUGAGCUUCAAGACUGUUCUGCCCAGAGCUCUGUUGUUUCAGAGGAUCACAAACGGUCUGCGGCUGAGCCUGGAACUGGAGGGAGGGCAGCUACGUCUCGCACUGAGGAGGGAGGCCUCUGCUGGGGCAGACAGCCCGAGCCAGGUUCUUGAGCUUCUACACAACGUCACAGAUGGAAAGUGGUAUUCUGUAGAGGCUGUGCUUGGAAAUUGGGUACUAAGCCUUAAACUACAGGAUGAUGCCAUGAGGUGUGCAAGCCAGACAUGCCACAAAGCAGCUGCAGUCCAGAGAUGGCUGGCGGGGUUCGUUUCAAUCCCUCAGAGCACUUUUAUUGGAGGAAUACCUCGGGACUUGAAUGGCCCCAGUGAAUACGCUGCAUUUACUCCAUUCAUUGGAUGCAUGCGGGAUGUGUUUGUGGACUGGCAGCUCGUCAUCCCCGAGGAAUGGCUGAGCGACUCGGCUGUUAAUGUGUCCCCGGGCUGCAGCCACAGGGACCGCUGCCUGGGUGCGCCGUGCCAAAACAGAGGAGAGUGUGUAAACCUGUGGCAGAGCUACGAGUGCCGGUGUGCAAGGCCUUAUGAGGGGCACGACUGUGAGGAGGAACAUGUGACUGCCCGCUUUGGGAACGAGGACUCCUACAGUUAUGCAGCAUUCACUAUCACUGAUGACCUGGCGGACAACUUCUCCAUCUCCUUCUUCCUGCGCACACGGAGGGGCAGCGGACUCCUCCUGGUGCUUGCCAACAGGAACAGCGGGUACCUACACAUGUGGUUAGAUGGUGGCAAGGUCACAGUUCAGCUCGAUAAGUAUGAAAGCCUAAAGUCAGAGGAUGCGAUCAAUGAUGGGGAAGUCCACUUCGUAAGCGUAGAGGUGGUGAAUGGCCGUACGGCGCUGUAUGUAGCAGCUCAGAAACAGGGAGAUGCAGAGGUGAGGGCAGUCAGUGUCCAAGCAGGUGACACUGUGUACGUGGGAGGUCUGCUGGAGACGAGGGAGACAGCAGUGUUUGGUGGAUAUUUCAAAGGCUGCAUCCAGGACCUGAGGAUCAGUGACAAGAGGCUGCAGUUCUUUGGGCUGGACACCUCAGUGAGAUCUUAUCCUCUGGAGCUCAUGGAAAAUGUAACUGCUGGCUGCUCUGGAGACAACAUCUGCAGUAGGAAUCCGUGUCUAAACGGGGGGAUGUGCUACUCCAAGUGGGAUGACUUCACCUGUACCUGCCCCCCCAGCACGUCAGGGCGGCGCUGUGAAGAGGUGAAGUGGUGCCAGCUGUCCCCUUGCCCCACGGAUGCACAGUGCAGAAUGCUGAACCAGGGCUACGAAUGUUACUCCAAUGCAACCUUCCUGAAUGACAGCACUGUACUGUCCUAUCGGGGAAAUGGUCACAUAUCCCACAACCUGACAAACCUGUCACUAAAUCUGCGCACACGGAAGCGUAAUGCAGCCAUCCUACAUGCUGAGGAGGGCUCCGCUUCCAUCACGGUCUCUGUCCAAGAUGGCUUCCUUUUCAUGGAGCUUCAGAGCACCUAUGGAAAUGACAGUGACAUGGGGGAGGGACGGGAGGUCGUAUCUACAGUCAGUCUCAGCAGCAGAAGUAGCAUCAGCGACGGGGAGUGGCACAGUGCCCACUUCCUUAUGACAGUACCGUGGGCGCAAACCUCUCGGUGGACUUUAGUGCUUGAUGAAGAAAUAGACGAAGCCAGCACUUCCACCAGCAAAGGAGGCAACCUGGACUUCCUCAGACAGGGGGUGGACAUCUUCCUGGGGGGGCUGGCCCCUGACACCGGCUGGUCCUUUGCUGGCUGUCUGGGCACUGUGGAGCUGGGUGGGAUUGCCCUGUCUUACUUCAGUUCCUCUGAGGUGAACCUCCCACGUCUGCAGGAGGAGCAGUUUAUCCAGACAUCGCUGCAUGCGCCGCUCAUCGGCUGUAGCGGGGCCUCUGUCUGUGAGCCAAACCCCUGUCUGAAUGGCGGCGACUGCCAGGACCUCUUCAACAAGUACAACUGCAGCUGCACUGAGGGCUGGGCCGGGAGGCGCUGCGACUUCCUCUUGGACACCUGCGCUUUGAAUCCCUGUGUUCACGGCAACUGCAGUGUCAGUGGGCUGACCUACGAGUGCACCUGUGAACUUGGCUACGCAGGCGUGAACUGCGAGGAAGAGGCUGAUAUGUGCGAAAACCACCUGUGUGCCCACGGGGGCACCUGUCUGCACGGGCCGGACAGGUACGCCUGCCUCUGUCCAGAAAACUACACCGGACCCCUUUGCAAUGAACGCAUUGAAGAAAUUCCAUGGUACAUUGUUGUCAGAAAUGUAAGGCCAAAACUUCCUGUUUCCGUGUGCGGCGAUGACACCAGAAAUUACACCUGCUUCAAUGGAGGCAACUGCACGGACCGGGAGCUUUCCUGUGACUGUCCACCGGGCUUCAUCGGGCACCGGUGCGAGCAGGAGGUGGACGAGUGCAAGUCCAACCCCUGUCUGAAUGGAGGCUACUGCCGCAAUCUCAUCAACAAGUUUAUCUGCGUGUGCGACAUGAGCUACGCUGGAGACCUGUGCCAGACGGACCUGACCUCUGAGGGUUUGACCUCUGACCUCUUACUAUCUAUCAGUCUGGGAUCCGUCAUCCUGUUGCUGGUUGUCAUCCUGACCUCUGUUGGCAUGGUGGUGGCCCUAAAUCGCCGCGCCACCCACGGCACCUACAGUCCCAGCCGGCAGGAGAAGGAGGGGUCACGGGUGGAGAUGUGGAGCAUCACGCAGCCACCGCCCAUGGAGAGACUGAUAUAAGACGCAGGUGGAAAUUGUGUUUUCAUGCAGAAUGAUUAUCUGGUACUGAUAGUAAUAAAAAGAAAUGACACCAUGAAUUACACCUGAUGUAGUAGAUGUAUAAGUGACGCAGUUUGAACAGAGACUGUGGAGACGUGGAGGCUCACAGUGGCUCCGCUUUAAAUUACUGCCAUCUUUCUGUAUUUGCAUAUACACAUGCAAAAAGAAAUUGUGACAGCAUUUUCAUUUUCAGCACCCUCAUCCAUCUUUGUGAUGCUUUGCACCUGGUUCCACAGUGCAGAAGUAUAUCCAUCUACACAGGAAGACCGGAGUUCAAAAUGGAUCGAGUCUUGUCACAUCUCUGUGCUUGAUCCAUAUAUUUAGGAUUGAUGGACCAGUGAGCACUGAAAGGAAAACCUGGUUGGAAUGUAGGGCAAACAAACAUAUUUUCUUAAAGCGUCAUUUGGGACUGCAAGUGUGUAUAAAAAACAAAAAGGUUAAUGAUGUCUUGGAUCAAGUGCUCAAGUAUUUUAGAAUAUGCCACAAUGUCCACAUUCACUGGAGUGAAGGAAAAUGUCGCACACUGGACAUCAUGAUGCUCUAUGGUGCAGAGGCGAAAAGCUCUAAAACGCUCUGGCUGUACAUGCAUUGAUGGGAUUAGUUUACAAUAAGACAAAUAUGGAAAACCAUAAAUCUGUUGUCUUUUAAACACAUGAAAUUCCUUCAGUGUGUAUUUAUUUCAGGAAAAUGUAUCUAGUUCAUCUCAAAGUCCACCAGUAAAUAUGUUCAUUUUCAGUGAACAUUGCUUGUGGACUUUUCUUUCUGAAGCUCUUUAGUCUCAGAUUCAUGUCUUGUAGCAGUUUUAGGAUUCGUUGCAUUAUAGUUAUAGAAGUCAGAAUU